UGCUUGGUAAAGGUUCCUGAGCUUUGAAACCAUAGACAUUGUUCUAAAACCAGUCUUCACCAACUACAUUUGCACCAAUAACUUUCUUCUCCAUCGAUCCAAAAAUAGCUCCGUCUUAUGUGUUCUGUGUGUAAGUGUAUUACCCAAUACACGUGGAUUACAAGUUAGGCAUGUUGUAGCUUGUGGAUAUUUCUUUUACAGUUUUGCUCUCUCUCUCUCUGCGUGUGAUACUGUGAUUAAGCUGGAAUUACGGCGAGAGUUGGGUCAUCUAUCUUGUUUGCUUAAUUAAUAAAAACAAACUAUUACCAGUCCCGAAGCUCUGACCAAAGCUAAAAAGAUUCAGGAACCCGCAAAGCAUUUAAGAUAGCCAACCAGGACUCACGUUCUUACUUCGAACUUCAAUGUUGUACUAGACUACUAGUCCCCGUGAUCCAAAGCCUUGGUAAAAAACAAAUGAAGGAAUUCAGUCCUCGGAUUCUAUAAGAUCAGAGCCAGAAAGCAAAUCUCGUUGUACCAGUAGAGCUGCUGCCUCAUUCUGGUGCCUGGUUUUGCGACUGGAACAAAUGAGAAUGAAGGAGUUAAGAAACCAGUGCUGGGUCAUCUGUUUGCUUUUCAUUGUACUGUCAUGGGUGAUUGAAACCCAAGCAGCAUCACAGCGUCUCACCUGCAACAACCGCCGGAGCAAAUGCUUUCUCAAGUACGCGACCUGCCCGGCCGAGUGCCCAACUGUCGUCCCAGUGAACCCGAACGCUACAAAAGGUUGCUUCCUCGAUUGCACCGCGCCCACUUGUGAGGCUGUUUGCAGAAACCGCAAACCAAAUUGCUAUAGCCCUGGAGCUGCUUGUUUUGAUCCCCGUUUCAUUGGCGGAGAUGGCAUUGUAUUCUAUUUCCAUGGCAAGAGCAAUGAACAUUUCAGUUUAGUCUCUGACCCCAACCUUCAGAUCAAUGCUCGGUUCAUUGGCCUCCGACCUGCUGGAAGAACCAGAGACUUUACAUGGAUACAAGCCUUGGGGAUCAUGUUUGACUCUCACACGUUCACUCUUGAAGCCACACGGGCGGCAAGGUGGGAUGACGAGGUUGACCAUUUCCGCUUCUCCUUCGAUGAAAAACCCCUAAUCCUACCAGAAGGCCAUCUCUCUGAAUGGAAAUCAGCAGAGAAAGAUCUUAAAGUGGAAAGGACAUCUAACAAGAACAGUGUGAGAGUCACCCUCCCAGAAAUUGCAGAGAUUUCUGUCAAUGUGGUUCCAGUUACCAAGCAAGAUGACAAAGUCCACAAUUACCAAAUACCUUCUGAUGACUGUUUUGCCCAUUUGGAAGUACAGUUCAGAUUCCUUGGUCUCUCCCCAGAAGUUGAAGGUGUUCUAGGACGAACUUACAGACCUGAUUUCCAAAAUCCAGCAAAGCCAGGUGUGGCAAUGCCUGUAGUUGGAGGUGAGGAUAAGUACAGGACCACAUCGCUACUUUCCUCUGACUGUGCUUCUUGUGUGUUCUCUCCAGCUGGGGUUACAACCAAGGAAAGCCUACUAGUAAUGGACUAUGACCUAUUGGAUUGCACCAGAGGGGUAAGCAGCGGAAGUGGGAUAGUUUGCAGGAAAUGAGUUCAUCAUAGGAAUAACUGAAAGGUAGCUGUAGGAAAAUAAGAUGAUUUCUGUUUUGUUCCACUUGAUUUAACUUCAAUUUCAUUCAAAUUAUGUACUCGGUGUUAAGCCAUUUCAAGGAAACCAUGUUCUAAAACUAAUUUUAGAAAAAAGAAAAAAAAAAAACAUCUGAAGCUAAGCUUCUCCAGUACCAA